AAGAAAAAAGAAAUGGAAGUUAAGUUCAGGAAUUGCCUCCGACACAAGCUCCGAAUGCGACUCUUUCUUCCAAAAAGCCAAACCCUAAAACUCUCCUCCUUCACCUCUCUCCAUCAUCACUAUGCGUGUUCUCCUUACCUUAGCAUCUCCCUUUUUCCCUCCGUCUAUUAAGCCCCCCAUUUCAUCCCCUUUCCGAUCGUCUCACCUUCCAUUUCCAUGGCGGUCGACGGAUUUGGCAAACUCGACGCUUCCGACUUUCCGCCGCCAAUGACGACGGUCGAGAAGAAUCGGAGAUCGCCCUCGCUGCUUUCGUCUCCUUUGAUGAUUGUUGGUCUCUCGAAGAAGAAUGUUUUGUAUCGCCAGCUUCCGCAUCAGCCUCUCAUGCUCUCCGUCCUUAAAUUAGACGGCUCUUGUUUCGAUAUUCAAGUUAAGAGAUCAGCCACUGUUGCUGAAUUAAAGGGGGCAGUGGAGUCGGUCUUCAGUCACAUGCCACAGAAUGGACCAGGAAAGAUUUCAUGGCUCCAUGUGUGGUGGUAUUUCUGCUUAUGCUAUGCUGGUCAGAAGUUAGUUGAUGAUACAGACUACAUUGCAAAUUUUGGCAUCAAGGAUGGUGAUCAGCUUCAAUUUGUCCGGCAUGUCACAACUGGCUACAAUGUUAUGAGAAAGCAAUCAAAGAAAUGGGUGGUUUCCUCAAAACUGCUCAGUCGGAUAUCAUCUCGGUCAAAAAGCUACAAGCAAAAUGAAAAGGAAGAUAUGGAAAGAUACUACAACGAUGCAGAGAGUGGAAGGUUUCAACAUCAUGGCAACAAUGAGCCAAGGGUGGUACUCUUUUUGGGAGGGUGGUUCUCUCACAACAAGCAGGCAUCUACGGGAAAGAGGAGCAUCAACAGCCUGGCUCGUCCAUCAGGGUCUCGGCCUAGCCUGGUGCGUGGUUUUAAGAAUUUAAUACAAUUAUGCCGUGAGAAACGACAUUAUGAGAAAGUGAAUAAAAAUAAGAGAUCCAUCAAUAGAAGUCUGAGUAGAAGAUUAGAAAUGACUGAUACACAACACACACAAGACAACUAGAUUGAGUUAGUCUAAAUAAACAACUCUGAUGGGUCCUUCGAUCAUAUCCUUGAUAAUAAGGUGCCAUAGGAAUACCAUACCAGAAUUGAUUCAUAAUGAUGGAUACCAAAAUUGGUUGGAUUAUAGCAUAAUAUAGGGAGUUGGUGAUUAUUGUUUUUGUGGUUAAUGACAAUGGUUAGGCAAUAAAUAAUACGAAGUUAUCCAUUGAUAUAGAGAGAAGCAUUGUAUGAAAUACCCUGUGUUUGUUGUACCUAUAGAGAAACCCAACUUGUUCCUUAC